AUGCCGGAAGUGGCCUCUUGCACUUUGCUCUCGCGCCCCAAUAACAUCCACACACCACAUGAGAAAAUCCUGAAAGCCUCGCCCAGGAUUAUCCAGAUAAAGCUGAAAGCUUCGUUUAACAAAUGCCUUGAGCUCAGCAAAAAAUUCUUCGAUUGGGUUGAGAUCGGCUAUAAGAAUUCUGGCCCGAUCCAUACAGACUGCUCUAGCCUCGUUCCUACCGCGGAGAAACUUCUUGAUCUCUGCCGACGUGGUAUAUACACAUUUGGUGCUAUAAAUGGCACCAUACAUAAUGAAACAGUUGACAUAGGGUAUAGUCUCGAGUUUGAUGCUGCUGAAUACUGA